UCUCCGACGUGGCCCACCGACCUUCCCCAUUCCUCAUCACGCAUCAUUUGACAGCUCGAGUAGUGGAUGAUUCUGGAUUUGUUUUCUGUGACAUUUCAUUUCAACUGGGACGAGUCGGAGGAAGGACAAUCCGGAUUUAGCGUAGAAAGCUUGCAAUGACUUCCAGUUCCAGGGAUGAAUCCGAGGACCUCAAUAAGCCGUUCUUGCACACGGGGAGCUGGUAUAGAAUGGGCUCGAGGCAGUCCAGUAUCAUGGGCUCCUCGGCCCAGAUGCUUCGCGACGGCUCCAUCUCCGUAUUACUCUGCGUCCUCAUCGUUGCCCUGGGCCCCAUCCAAUUCGGCUUCACUUGUGGGUAUUCGUCCCCUACGCAAACUGAAAUAGUCAACGAAUUGGGACUUUCAGUCUCAGAGUUCUCUCUAUUUGGGUCUUUAUCAAAUGUGGGUGCAAUGGUUGGGGCAAUCGCGAGUGGUCAAAUUUCGGAAUACAUUGGGCGCAAAGGGUCACUUAUGAUCGCUGCAAUUCCUAAUAUAAUUGGAUGGCUCGUAAUAUCGUUUGCCAAAGAUGCGUCAUUUUUAUACAUGGGAAGGUUGUUGGAAGGAUUUGGCGUUGGUAUAAUAUCUUACACGGUACCGGUAUAUAUAGCUGAGAUUUCGCCUCAAAACAUGAGGGGAAGCCUCGGGUCUGUCAACCAGCUCGCAGUGACAACUGGAGUAAUGCUGGCUUAUCUUUUGGGGAUGUUUGUCAACUGGAGAGUGCUUGCAGUUUUAGGAAUUUUGCCAUGUACACUAUUGAUACCUGGCUUGUUUUUCGUACCAGAAUCUCCUCGAUGGCUGGCCAAAAUGGGGAUGACAGAAGAUUUUGAAGCCUCAUUGCAAGUUUUACGGGGUUUUGAUACAGACAUUUCGAUUGAAGUGAAUGAAAUCAAGAGAUCUGUAGCAUCAUCAAGCAAAAGAACUACAAUAAGCUUUUCAGAUCUCAAGAGAAAGAGAUAUUGGUUUCCUUUAACGAUAGGGAUUGGAUUACUUGUGCUCCAGCAACUCAGUGGUAUCAAUGGUGUUAUAUUCUAUUCAAGUAACAUCUUUUCAAGUGCCGGGGUAUCAUCAAGUAAUGUGGCAACUUUUGGACUUGGUGCCAUUCAGGUUCUUGCUACUGGGAUCACUACUUGGUUGUUGGACAAAGCUGGGCGCAGGGUGCUUCUUAUUGUAUCAUCGUCUGGAGUGACUCUUAGCCUCCUUCUUGUUGCAAUUGCUUUUUAUCUAGAGGGCUCUGUAUCAGAAGAUUCUCAUUUAUAUUCAAUGUUUGGUAUACUGUCACUCGUUGGGCUUGUGUUGUUAGUGAUUUCAUUCUCUGUUGGAAUGGGAGCUAUUCCAUGGCUUAUAAUGUCAGAGAUACUUCCGGUAAAUAUUAAGAGCCUUGCUGGCAGCAUAGCAACGUUUGCAAAUUGGCUGAUAUCCUUUUUGAUCACAAUGACUGCAAACUUACUCUUGAGUUGGAACAGUGGAGGUACCUUCACAAUUUACGCCACGGUCGCUGCUUUUACAGUUGUCUUCGUGACACUUUGGGUUCCUGAAACUAAAGGCAGAACCCUGGAAGAGAUUCAGUCGUCAUUUAGAUGA